CGCUGGGUAGGCCGCUCGGCCGUCCUGCCCAACAACCCCUCGGCGCCGCAGUGGCUCCGCUGGCUCGUCCUCACCGCCCCCUUGUUCGGCCUCCAGCUCGUGUGGAGCUGCGAGAUGGCUCAAGCGUCGCCCUUCCUCCUGUCGCUCGGCGUCUCGAAAUCCAUGAUGAGCAUCGUCUUCCUCGCCGGCCCGCUCUCGGGCCUCAUCGUCCAGCCCCUCGUCGGCGUCCUCUCGGACCGCUGCAAGAGCACCCUCGGACGCCGCAGGCCCUUCAUCGUCGCCGGCUGCGCGUGCUCGAGCCUGUCGGUCCUCAUGCUCGGCUGGAGCAAAGAGAUUGCCGCCGUCUUUGCCGACGACGGCACGACUUUGGUACGCCCCCUCCUGACCAGCCCCACACCCACGAGCAGCGACUUUAGCGUCAACGUGAUCCAGGCCAUGGACCGCUCGCUCCUCGUCGACGUCGUGCCGCCCGCACAGCAGCCGGCCGUCAACGCGUGGGCCGGGCGCAUGUUUGGCUUUGGCGCCGUGUUUGGGUACUGGAUCGGCGGCAUCGACCUCGUGUGGUGGACCCGAGGGUGGCUCGGCGGCGAGCAGCUCAAGGUCCUCACCAUCUUCACGUCGGUCCUCCUCAUCGGCACCCACGCCGUCACCGUCACGUGCGUCCGCGAGCGCAUCCUCAUCUCGCGCGCCGGCGACGACGCCGACGGCGGCGGCUCGGGUUCGUCGUCGGGCGCCCUGCGCGCGCUCGCCGACGUGUGGCACACGAUCCGGCACCUCCCGCGCCCGAUCCAGCAAGUGUUCAACGUCCAGUUCUCGGGCUGGAUCGGGUGGUUCCCCGUCCUGUUUUUCUCGACGACCUGGGUCGCAGAGAUGUACGUCAAGACGCGGUGGGAGGGGGGAGGACCGGGUUCCGAGCUCAAGGACGCGCCGGAGGACGUGAGGGAGAGGGCGACGAGGGCGGGCACGCACGCCAUGCUGUGGCACUCGGUCGUGAGCCUCGCGACGUCGAUCGUGCUCCCGCCGCUCGUCGCCGCCAGCAGCAGCAACAGCACCUCGUCGCAGCACGACCAACGCCCAUCCUCCUCCUCGCGCCGA